CCCAGACGGAGCUGUGGCCGGGGAGCAGCGGGGCGGGAGGGCUGAGGGGGCAGAGACACCCCUGCCCUGCCCUGCCCUGCCCGGGUGUGCGGCCAGGGGUGACAGGGACAGGAAGGAGGCUGCGGUCACGGCCCUCAGCUGACCCCCGGAAGGCACUGUAAAUCCUGGAUUCUCCAUUCCCAUGGCUGGGCACCGAGGAGCUGCCUGAUGACCUCAGGACAUGCUGAUGCUGUUUUGCCAGAAGAGAGAUGGGCAAAAGGUACUUCUGUGACUACUGUGACAGGUCCUUCCAGGACAACUUGCACAACAGGAAGAAACACCUCAAUGGAGUGCAGCAUCUCCGGGCUAAGAGAGUCUGGUACGACCUAUUCCGAGAUGCUGCUGCUAUCCUGCAGGAAGAGCAAACCAAGAAACCUUGUCGGAAGUUUCUGCAAACAGGACAGUGUGAUUUUGGGUCCAACUGCAGAUUUUCCCACAUGACAGAGCAGGACCUGGAGAAGCUGAGUGCCCAGGUUCAAGGGGAGAAGAGGCUGAAGGAGCUGCAGAGGGAGGGAGCAGAUAUCCCACCGGGCGCCAUCGAGGACUGGCUGGACAAGAGAGCCCAGAGGCUGAGUGCAGCUCAGAGUAGCAGCUCCCCCAUCCCCUGCCUGCCAGGGAGGGUGGAAUUGGCUCCUCCUCCCAGGAUCCAUUCGGAUUGGGGCACCGGCUGUUUCCUCGCUCACCUGACUGUGCCGCAGGCUUAAUGGGAUGACAUUUGGGCAGUGCUCUUCUUGAGAAACCAGCACCAUUCCAGUACCCUCUGGGUUGGCCACCAGUGCAGGAGCUGCCCCCGUCCCUGCAGGCCCCCCCACCUGGGGGGUGGCCAGUGCCCCCCAACCUGCAGUGGGGCUGAGGCACC